AUGCUACCUACUUUGGUGGAUGUGGAAAACCACAAUUUAGGGGUGUUCCAACAAGUGUUGAGAUCUGCAGAUGAUACAGUCUGGCAGUGGCUGACUGGAAGGAAUAUGCUCGCUAUUCUGCAUAGUGUAACCUCCCACAUUAAGAUAUGGUCAAGGCAUAAAAUGUGGGAUAAGGCUGAUAUGGGGGAGGGAAUUCAAAAUUUGAACAGAUUUCUAGAAGCCAUGCAUGGCGGGUCGAGCAAAAAGAGGGUCGGGCUGGGGCGCUUCGCGGGUAGGCGGUUGCUCGCGCGGUGCGGGCUAAGGGCGUGA